AUGAUGUCGGUCUCACCCAUUGUUCAGGCCACGCUACAGGCGGUGGUCAUCAACGCUGGCUCCAAUGUGUUGGCGCAGGGUAUCAAGGCCUACAGGGCAGAUAUCCCAUUUGAAUUUGACCUGCAAGCGCUGAUCCAGUUCACUGCGUGUGCGAUCAUCACCACACCCUUGAACUACGUCUGGCAGACCAAUCUCGAGGCUUCCUUCCCCGGAACAAGCUCGAAGCCAGAGCCAACUCACAAUGAGAAGCCGGACACGACCAAGCCCGAGAAGUUCGAGAAGCCCUCAAGGUCUACCUUGAACGUGGGCAAUACCAUCACCAAGGUGGUCAUCGAUCAAACGAUCGGCGGCACCUGGAACACAGUCUUGUUCCUCUUCACCAUGGGUCUGCUGCGAGGCCAGCACUAUGGCGAUGUCCUGGGUCAAAUCCGCGAGGAGUUCUGGCCGAUCAUGAGCGCGGGCUUCAAGCUCUGGCCCUUUGUAUCGAUUCUCAACUUCACGGUGGUUCCUGUGGAGCAACGGCUGCUGGUCGGUAGCUUGUUCGGGGUGGUCUGGGCGGUGUAUCUCAGCUUGAUGUCUGGAUAG